CAAAGAGUCAAAUCUGCUCAAAUUGCAUAGAACUCCGGGCUGCCUCUCGCCUCCUGCAUGUCCUGAGGAUUCGGGAUCAGUAACCGGGUGACAGAGGUCAUAGAGGGAAGAGGUCGGCCCCAGUCUCUGUGAGUAAGAUGAGUGUCGGGACGGAUAAAUCAUCAGAUGUCCGAGCCGGGGUGUCACGGCCUCAGGAACAAGCAGGUGUUGAACAGAAUGGCCUGGACUUUACUCGACAGAUCAAAACUGAGGACCAGAGAGAGUCGCCUCCACAGGACCUGCAGCCACUUCACACCUUGCAGCAAUUGGUGGUUGUACCUGGCCAUCAUCUGCAGACAGCAGCAACGUUCCUAUUGCCUCAGACGCAGCAGAACCAACAAGGUUCUCUGCAGUCUCCAAACUUGCUCCCAUUGUCUCAGCAAUCACAGAGCUCCCUCUGUUCUCCUCAGCCUGGUGUUGGGCUCACUUCACAGGCAGUAAUUCGAUCAGGUCUCAUGGGCUCGACCCUGGAGUCACAUCUAGAAGCUCUUCCUCCCCACCAGGUCCCAAAGCACAUUGCUCCAAAGCAUAUCCCCUCUGUGCAAUCGGAUGAACCCAAUGACUUGGAGGAACUGGAACAGUUUGCAAAAACAUUUAAGCAAAGACGAAUUAAGCUGGGUUUCACUCAGGGGGAUGUCGGAUUAGCGAUGGGGAAACUCUAUGGGAAUGAUUUUAGUCAAACUACGAUCUCCCGAUUUGAGGCUUUGAAUCUGAGCUUCAAGAACAUGUGCAAACUCAAGCCACUGCUGGAAAAAUGGCUGAAUGAUGCAGAAAAUGUCCCCUCUGAUUCUACACUGAACAGCCUAGCAUCUCUGGCUCCCCAGAUGAUUGGGUUGGAGGGUCUAGGCCGCAAAAGGAAGAAGCGGACGAGCAUUGAAACCAACAUCCGCCUGACCCUGGAAAAGCGUUUCCAUGAGAACUCUAAGCCCAGCUCGGAAGAAAUUGUGAUGAUUGCAGAGCAGUUGUCAAUGGAGAAAGAAGUUGUCCGUGUUUGGUUCUGCAAUCGGCGUCAGAAGGAGAAGAGGAUUAACUGCCCUGUUGCUCCAUCCACCAAAACACCAAUGUAUAGCUCACGGCUGGUUUCCACCUCUGGAUCCAUUGACCCUCUGAUCAUGACACAGGUGCACAGUAGUAUGAAUGUGACGGGAGUGUCUUCCUCCAGUAUGACCAGCAGGCCUUCAUCACCAGUCACAUCAUCCACUGAGAGUGCCCACACCUCAACAAGCAGCCAGUCUGGGCUCAGCACUACUCCAGGCUCACGAUUCUGGUGGAAUAGUCCCUCAUUUCUUCACUGAAGGUUCUGGGAUUUCACUUUCUGAUCAGCCGCUUCUUCAGUCCUCAGUUACUGAUAUGCACUGUACAGGUGCACAGUGAGGAUGGACAAUGGAAAACAGGCAUUUAUCAGAGACAACAUUUAAUGCAAAAGUUUUUGAAAUCUUGCAAAGAGAAUACAAACAUUGCAAUUGAGCAACAAUGGUCCAAUGGAUUGACUGAUGUGCUGCCUUCAAUGUGCUCUCUUCACUGCCAAUCAAAUCUAAUGGAGCAUUAAACUUCCACCUUCUGCCAUUCUGAUCUCUAUCCAUUGGAUUGAUUGGUGUCUCUUUUUGUGCACGUUGCAAUAAUGUUACCAUGAAUCUUUCACUGUAUAUGAGACCUGACUCCCUAGAAGUUAGGAAGCAUUUACAGGCCCAUUUAUGUUCAUGUCAGAUGAAUGUCGUUACACUUCCAAUCAGAAUUUACUAUUCAGCAUAUCGCUGGCCUGUCUUUGUAUGUGAUUCCAUUCUGAUUGGCCAGUGGUUGUGUGGGGAUCUGCAUUCAUGCUACUGGUCAAAAGAAUAAUGGGACUUGAAUUUUUUUUGAUGAUUUCUGUGUUUGCUUAAUAUUAGGCCCUUUAAUUGCAUUAAUGUAUAUAUAAUUCAAGAUUGUGAGCAGCCAAAAGACAUUUCUUUUAACCCUGUAAUUCCUCUUUAUAAUGUCUGGGAUUGUAGCUCACUACCCCUUAGACUGCUGAUGAACCAACCCAGCACUGGCUAGCUCUGGGCCUUGGCAUUAUUGCAAGCCCUCUCCUCAACUAAACUCUGGUGCAACAUAUACAAACCUCAGAGUGUCUUAGUAAUGGGUAACAACCAAAAUCUGUCCAAUGGUUUCUAUAUCUCCACAAAAUUUAUAUGGUAGUAUAAUAAUCCAUUUGUUGAUUAGAGGAUUCAAUACUUAAUGCAGGCUCCUGCCUUGCAGGUUGUCCUAAUGACCUUAAAGUAAAACAAAGAUCAUACAAAUAUCUGGUUUGACUUUAUUAACUUCAAUUGCAAGUUGUAUUUUCCAAUUCUACUUUCUCUGCUUCCCUCUGUUGGAUAUUGUGAUUUCCCACCCAACAUACCCAUGUUAAGCAUGUUCCAAUAGUUAGUUUAAUUAAUUUGUCACAUUAUCCAGAGAAAGUGAUGUUUAUUAUUACUACUCGGACUUUCUUCUUGUACACUCCACAGUUUUUAUUAAUUAAUGUAGUAAAUGUUACAUUUCAGUUCACUGAAAUUUGUGAUUUCAGUGAAAAUUGAAAAGGUACUUAUUCUUGCCUUCACCAAAGUGCGUCACAUUAUCAUAUAUAAUCACUAAAUUGUAUCCAUUCCAUUGUGAUUGAGGUUAAAAUGAUUGUAAUAGAUUUAAUCCUAAAUUACAAUAUAUAGGCAUCAAAUCCUAUACAACAGAUUGUAUAUUACAUCAACAGAAGUAUAAUAUUCUGGGAAUAGUUUGACUGAGUCAGUCUAUUUAAGGAAACAAUCAAGUGAUGGAAGAGUGUUUUGGAUCUCAGAACUCCAACAGAUUGUACCUUGCUGUUCUUAGUAAAACAACAAGAAUACAAAAGAGGGACUUGCAUAUGUAUAAAACUUAAAAUUUUUCAAUAUGCUUUACAGCCAAUGGAGUAUAUUAAUGUGCAGUCACUGUUGUAAGAGCAGAAUCAUGGCAGCUAAUGCAUAUACACUAAGAUCACACAAAUAUGAUAAGCAUAUAAUCUAUGUUUUGUAAAUGUUGACUGAGAGAGCUUGAUAAGGACAUCACAGCUGCUUGAGCUAUAUGAUUGUUUUUUUACUUCACCUGAAAUAGGAAAAGAGGCUGUAUUUCACAAUAUUAAACUGCUCCAGCUGUGGUAUUUGAGACCAUAGUGCUCUGGUUCAGGUAAGUGUGCUGCCAGCUCAGCUAUGUCUACAAUAAUGGAUUUACUACUUUUUAUUAACUGUGUCCGAUUAUUUCAUUGGAGGCAGCAUCAACUUCAGUUUAGCCUAGAGGCAAUUUAUAAGCUGGAAAGGAAGGAAAUAGGUUAGUUUAUUAAUUUGAUUGCUAGAUUUUUUAAACAAAAAUCCAAUUUGAAAAAGUAAGGGUUCAAAAACAUUAAGCAAAAUAUUGCUGAUACUGGAUAUCUGAUUUAAAAAAAAAUAGAAAUACUGGAAAUAAACAAGAAAUCAGAAGGCAGUUGAUGGGAAAGUGAAGAAAUUAGUAAAAAAAAACAAAUUGUUAGAGGCAGCAUCUGUGGAGAAAGAAACAAGUAACAUUUCAGGUUGGUGCCUCUUCCAGCAGAACUACAUGAAGUUUUAAGAUAAAGCUUGGUACAGUUGAGAGAAGGAAACAAAGUGCAAAGGGGAGAAGAAUAGGGGAUUUUUUAAUAUAAAGUGAGAGGUAGUAGAGAUUAAUUGACAAAAGGGAUGACAGUGCAAGCCCAAAGGUAAUAGCCAGACCCAUAGAAUAACUUGUGACUUCCAGAGGAAAUAGUUACAUACUUAAGAGAAUAGCAUAAUAGAAUUUGGGGUGUUGAAACCUGGGGAUAAUGGGAAUAGAUUACAGCAGGGAGAUACGGAUGGGGCAAAUAGAAUUUCUUUGUUUUAUGUCAGUCUCGGCUUGGAGGUUGGCUCCGACUUGCUAUCUGGAACUGCACUGAAGGGCUGGUCUUCCUGAAAUAAAACAAACCAAAUCUAAUCAAUGUCAAAAUAACACUCUAUCCAUUCCUUGUUUGUAUUUAUUUUUCUUCCCUCUGAUUUCUAUGUUAUUUAUGGCGUUGCUCUGUUGCUAAAUCUCGUGAACUCUAGUCUUUCGAAGACUUUACAUUGGGCAGAUGUGUUUUAAAUGCUAGGGCCGGAUUUUAAUCAAAGUCCAUCACUGCUGGAAGGAGUUUAGAGAAAUUGCAAACUAGUCGUGUAUUUCAGCUCGAACUAGUGUUGAUAGCCUCAAAUAUUUGUAUCCAAUUCCUUUUUAAAUAAUUUAUGUACGAGGUGGGAUUUUGUGAAUGA